AAAUCCAAACGUUCAGUCGCAGCCAAUGGUCGACGUCUCAAUGCUUGUGAUUGCGUUUCGAUGUUCGUGAAUCCAGCACAGCACCCCUUGUAUAAAAAACUGGUGUCAUACCUCUCUUACCAUUAAGCUGUGUUAGCGUCCUGUCAACUAAUUGCGAGUCGGUUAGUCUGCUAAUCGCUAUCUGCAGCCAUGGCCACCGCCGCCACCGCCAUGAACUCCACCGUGUUGGCUGGGCAGGCCCUGCUCAAGCCAGUGAGCGAGCUCUCCAGGAAGGUGAACGCUGGCGAAGCCCGCGUCACCAUGCGCAAGACCGUCAGCAAGUCCUCUGGCAGCGACAGCAUCUGGUAUGGUGCUGACCGACCCAAAUUCUUGGGCCCCUUCUCUGGCGAGACUCCCUCCUACCUCAACGGUGAGUUCGCUGGUGAUUACGGCUGGGACACUGCUGGACUCUCAUCCGACCCCGAGACCUUCGCCCGCAACCGCGAGCUCGAGGUGAUCCACGCUCGAUGGGCCAUGCUUGGAGCUCUGGGAUGUCUGACCCCAGAGUUGUUGGCCAAGAGCGGUGUUAAGUUCGGUGAGGCCGUUUGGUUCAAGGCCGGAGCUCAGAUCUUCAGCGAGGGAGGUUUGGACUACUUGGGCAACCCCAGCCUUGUGCACGCUCAGAGCAUCUUGGCUAUCUGGGCUUGCCAAGUUAUCCUGAUGGGAGCCGUCGAGGGUUACCGUGUUGCUGGUGGACCCCUCGGUGACGUUACUGACCCCAUCUACCCGGGAGGCUCCUUCGACCCCUUGGGUUUGGCUGACGACCCCGACACCUUCGCUGAGUUGAAGGUGAAGGAGAUCAAGAACGGCCGAUUGGCCAUGUUCUCAAUGUUCGGGUUCUUCGUCCAGGCCAUCGUGACUGGAAAGGGACCCCUGGAGAACUUGAACGACCACUUGGCCGACCCCGUUGCCAACAACGCCUGGGCCUACGCCACCAACUUCGUUCCCGGAAACUAACUUCUCAAUUUGACGAAAUGAAGUCGAAAUGUGUACUAUAAUGUGCAGUUCACUAUCCUCUUGCUCCUACUUCGGCUGAUAAUAAAAAUCGAUUUCUGACAAUUCUUUA